UGAUCGUCAACACUAGUGUAACUCAGCCACUACAUUACCAUCAUCGCUUACACUUGUUCUUAGUUACUUAUGAUUGGCUGAGAGAUGAUUUCGUCGAAUUCGUUUCCUCAUUGGGAUUCGACGUCGAAAAUGCUUUCCAUAAUGAAGAAAGGCAGUGUUGAAGACGCAGCCAGAAAUGGAGUCACGGUAAUAGGUAUAAUAACGUAGAAAUAUUCGUGCUCUUGGCAGUCUUUAUCGAGACAGACAUCACAACUCACAACGAUUUCAACCCUUUUCCUCCUUCGAAAUGACAGACUCUACCUCAGCGGCUAAACUAGCCAUUUACAUUAUUCUCCUCCAACCUGCUCUGUACUGCCUCUUCAAGCAUGGAAAGACUGGAUUUAUAGGAUGGCUUUACGUCCAGAUAUUCUGUGUCCUCAGAAUUGUUACUGGUGGCAUUGGCCUUCAUGAAACAGACAGCUCAACUGGAUCAAUUAUACUCAACAGUAUUGGUCUUUCUCCCUUGCUGUUGGCUGCUUCUGGAAUCUUGCACGAGGCUCGACGUGGAACGAACCCUAGACUCAACAGAAAACUUGAUGUUAUUCUCGAGAUCAAGUAUCAUGGUCUAGUUGGAGCAGCUAUGGCCCUCAUCAUCGUGUCUGUUGUCGGUUUACAAAAUGGUGACUCUAUUUCCACCAACAAGACCUUGCUCAAGGUUGCCUCUGCACUCAUUGCAUUGGCAUGGUUCCUUCUCGCGAUCUGGGCUUUGUGGUCUCUCGGAAAGUGUCAAAGAUCAUCUACAAACAACCGUGUAUCUUCCUUUCGCGGUGGUAAGCUACUUAUGUAUGUAGUCUUUAUAAAUCUUCCCCUCCUUGGGUUGCGCCUUGCAUAUGGUAUCGCAUAUCUCCAGCUUAAGAUCUCACACCCAACUUCAGGUUUCUUGACCUCGAAAGCAGUUCAGGUCUGCCUGAGUGUUGUACCAGAGAUGCUGAUCACGACGAUUUUCCUCUUGGUUGGAGUUAUGACUCGAAAUCUGAAGCAUGAGAUCAAGAAACUUGACUCUGCUCUUCCAGUUGGCGACGAGUACGAGAUCCAAAGGUGACUAAUAGAGGCCUAGUCAUGAGCGCACUGUUUAUCAUACUGGUCAAGAUUUGGCAUUUUGAUAGAUUUGUUUGCAAUGGAAACUCUGGUCUGGAGACUUCAAUCAAGGAUAUCGAUGUAAGUGGGAGGAGAUUAUUCUUGUAUACUUGUAUAUUGUAG